UUUCUUCUGUUGCUCGUGUCUGAGGUGUCAAGAAUGGCACCGACACGACCAACCACCCGAGCCCAGCGCGGGACUGUCCUGGCGCUCUGUGCCGCUCUGGCUCUCAUCCUGCUCGUGUGUUCAUCACUCCCGUCAUCGAUGCUGCUGACGGCUUCCGCGAGCAGCGAUGUGGGCGAUGUGGAUGUGGACGAGCAUGGCUUGGACUUUGACGAUCUUCCGCUCGAACCGCACGUCCACCACGAGCCAACGGACGAGCACGACGACGAGAAAGCUGCAUUGAAGCGCAAUGUUCUGGCCAAGUUGCGACGCCGGACGGGAGGCCAGAUUCCCGAGUCGCUGAUGCAAGGGUUGCAAGACUUUUACACGGAAAACAGCAUCGAGCUCAUCAAGGCGAACAUUCGCUACAGUCCCGAGACGGACUUUGGAUUGUACGCUACCGCGGACAUUGAUCAGGGCGACGAAAUUGUUCGCGCGCCAGUCACCCUGACGAUUGCGUCGCAAUAUCUCGAAGAUUCCCCGCUCACCGAGGAGAUGCAGCGCUUGUUUGGCGAUCAGCAGCCCGACGAAUUGACUGCAAUUGCUCUGCACAUUCUGCACGAGAAGGUGCACAAAAGCCAGUCGUUUUAUUCGCGAUGGAUUCAUAUCGGCGCUCACAACUGCUCAAUGAUUUCGAAUGGUUUUGAUUGCGUUGCUGUUGAAGAGCUCAAUUCGACCGUGAUGUGGGACUUUAACGAGGUCAAUGAGCUCCAAAUCAGCGAAGAAUUUGUUGCCAUGAUGCAGUCAUUGGUGGACCAUAUGCAAGAGCAGUACCACCGUUAUUUUGAACCCGUGUCGAAGGCAAGGGCUCUCGCGGGGUUUCUUUCAAUCAUGGACGGGAUCAUUGUCAAGCCGGAAGUAUUCCAGUGGGCGUAUCUGACGGCGAUUGCUCGUGGCGUUCCGAUGAAGUCCAAGACCGGCGACGUCAGCUACGGAAUUGUUCCCGGAAUUGACUGGGUCAACCAUGCUUACGACAAUAACGCGCAUCUCGACUUCUCCAUGCAAGGCCGUAUGUUGGGCUCCAUGACUCUCCGGGCAACGCGCGAUAUUGCUGCAGGCGAGCAGAUUGUUCGAAACUAUGUUCCGAUGCCCAACAACCAACUUUUGCUUCGCUUUGGAUUUGCCAUCCGCGACAACCCGCAUGACUUUGUGUCGGUCUUCCUCGACCAAGCCGUCGGUGCCACUCAAAUGGCAGCUCGCAGAAAGGCCAUCCUGCGAAGGCAUCAACUUGACGCCGACUUUACCGAGUUCUCGUUGCUCGACACCAAAAAGAAGUACUUCCACCCAGACUUGCUGGCAGCUGUGCGUGUUGUACUGGCCAAUCCCCAAGAGCUUCGUCGCAUUGAGCAGUACCAGGAAAAGCAUGGAAAGCUGGUCUGCAAGACCUCCAAGCUGAGUAUGAGGAAUGAAAUCGAUGUUCUCGAAUUUCUCGGCGAGAAGAUCAUUGCGGCUCGUUCUUACCAGUGGACGACGCUUGAGGAGGACAUUGCUACGCUGGACCGGUCCGGGUCGUCACUCGCGCCCAGGCUGCGACACGCGCUGAUUUUCCGCAUUGGCCAGAAAGAAAUUUACGCUCGCGCGCUGGAGAUUAUUCUGGAACAACGGCACGACUUGCUGAUCAAGUACAACGAGUACAAGAAGAACAAGAAGCCCUCGGCGGACGACGGCGCUGCCCUCGACUCUGACAGUGAUUCUUCCAGCCCGGCCGUGGACGAACGCAAGCCCGUCGAGAACGAUUCGCCUGCUGCAGCUACCGCGCGUCUGAUUGACGAGCUCCAGCAAAAGAAGAAGGCUGCCAAGAAGGCGAAGAGCAAGCCGGCCGGUGACCGCACAGAGCUGUGA